AUGGCCAAAGGCAAGCUCUCCCGGCAGCGCUCCCGCGCCAGCGCGGGCGCGGGCGAGGCGCCCGCCCGCGGCCGAGAAUCCCUGGCCAGCCGGCUCCGGGCCUCCGUCGCGCACGGCUGGUCUGUGGUCAACGCGAACAUUGACCAGCUGAAGCUGACUUUGCAGAGCCUCCAGGACCGCUGGGAUGUGCACGGCCAGGGCAUUUGGGCCGUGGAGGCUUUUCUGACCAGCUCCUGGUGCCGGCGGAUUCUGAUCCUCUUCCCGGCGCUCCACCCCUGGCGGGCGUUGGCCCUCUUCAGCAUGUUCACUCCUCACUGUGUCCGCGUCGCACUCCUCGACAUGAAGAUCAUGAGCGCUGCCGCCGCCAACGCGGUGUUCUUCCAAAGCACGGCGCAGCCGCAAGACGUCGACCCGCGGUGCGCCAAGCCCCAGGACAUGCUGAUACGCGUCGUAACGGCUUUCACAGUUGGGGUGGUCACGGCCCUUCUGGGCGACGUGCUGAUCGUGGUGCUGCUGCUUAUUCAGAGGCGGAGGGUGGUGGAGAGGGAGGAGUGGACGCCGGCCCAGAUCUCUCAGCAGAGGCGGCGUUGGUUUUGGAGGAGAUGCCUGUUCUGGGCCAUCUGGAUCCCGCACAAGUGUGUCUGCGUUCUUUACGUCUCCGUCUUCCUGGCCAGCGUCACCCUGCUGGAUGCGCAGAAGUGGCUGGAGAGCACGGCCGUGAGCCUGCUCCAGGACUGCUUCCUGAAACCAUUUUGCGUGGCCGCGCUCCUCGGCAUCCUCUCGAGCCUCUUCCUGGCCUGCAUGCCCCGGGUGAAGGAGAAGGUGCGAGCGGAGUGGCUGAAAGAAGAGGAGGCGGAAGAGCAUGGUGAGGAGGUCUCCAAGCCCAACAUGUACACGACUGCAGACACUCGCGUCUUCGAUGACAGCGACUCCUCUCCCGAAGAUGCCAUUGAGGUUCAGUCGGUCGCGAGCCACGACGUGAGGGCACGAGAGUUCUGUGCUGUACUACCAGGUGCCCCUCAAGAGAAUGUCACGUCAGCGAAGGACUGA